AUGAAUUUUUUUAUCAAACGUUCUAAGAUAACUCGUUUUCUACCAAAGAACAGUUUAUACACGAAAUUGUAUAACAAUCAUACAAUCGUCAGUUGUAUGUUAAAUUAGACAAUAGCCAAUCCUGGAUCAUUCUUCGAUGCUCUCUUCUGUUCCGUUUUUUCCCCUGACAUUUAUGUUUAAUUCAUGUUAAGAGUCCUAUACGUCCAAUCAUCGACCAGAGGACUGGUAUUGGCUUGAUUCAGAUUCACAAGAAAAAGUUGCAAAUUAUUGAAAAGAAGUGAAUUUCGUUCUUCCGUCGGUAAAAUCGAAAAGCGGUCGUCAUGCAGACUUUUUCCCAAUGCUGUGACAGAGCCGGUCGCCACGAAGAAGCCGAAGUUCUCGAGUGACGCGAAGAAGUCCUGGUACGAUCGCGUCAUCAGCCAAGAUCUGACUUUGUUCUGCCCUGCUCAGGGGUUCCCAGUUCCAUCCUAUAGUCAAAGAGCAUGGUCUCGUGUACCUUUGUGUAAUUCGUUAGAGCCAGUUGGCAGCAAAGCGCCAGCGUUCACGGGCGUUUUAAAAGGCGGAUACAUGGAGAUUAAAUCGCGCGCCAGCGUUGUGUUCUUUUGCCCCGCGCAAGGAUACCCUGUGCCAUCGUUUAGGUAAAUCAUGCUUCUUUAAAGUCUACUUGCAUUGAACGUAGUAAUGCAGCGCGGUGGUGUUUUAAUAAAAACGAAAAAAUCUGUUUCGUUUGAUCUUCGUGGUCAUUUCUGAUUUGACAUUAGAUAAAAUGUGCAAAACGUCUCGCGUUCAUUGUUAAUUUUGACGUUCGUCAGUGAUAAUAAUAAUAAAUAAAAUAGGAAACACUCAGUCAGAGUGAAUUAAUAUUUAUUAAUCAAUUCAAUUAUAUUUGCAUUUGUUUCUCUCAUUUUUAGUUUUUUUUUUUUUAUCAGAAAAAUCUUGUCGCAACCCCCUUUAAAUCACACGUAUGUCGUGCAUAAAAUGGGCACGAAUAUCUUUUUAGCAGUUAGGUACCCAUCUCAGUAG